CGGCCAGGUAUCGUCAUAGCAAUUGUUUUGAGGUGUUAAGACGUCAAUUGAUAAAUUACCAAUUUAACCACAACACAACUGGUACUUCUGCUCAGCCCCCUUGAAAACAAGCUUCUGCUCGAAAUACUAACACCCAGAACGCCUGAAGCUUCAACUCGAUCGGCCAUCAGCAUCCUGGGCCCAGCAUGGAAGAGCCGAAAGCGGCCAAGUCAGCGGAGCUGCCCACCACAUCGGCCGGGGCCUCCGCCUCCUCCUCAACCACUUUGCCCGAGAACGUAAGCUACGACAAGAUCGCCUGGACGCGGGACAUCACAGAGCCCUUGGCGGAGGAGUCCUCCACCAGUCAAUUGCGCCCGCUCGGCACCUCGAUUUCCUCUGACUCGACGGCAGAGGCGAGCACAUCCAGCACAUCGUAUUCCUUUACGGGCGAUUACCUGUCCGGUGGCAAUAUCGCCGAUCUGAAGUCUGGCACCAUGUCCGCUGGCGCUGAGAGUGCAUCGAAGUCGAGCGAGAAGGAUAAGGAGAACAAGGAGCAGAACGAUGAAUCGCUGUACGAGUGCAAUAUAUGCCUGGACACGGCAAAGGAUGCGGUGGUCAGCAUGUGCGGCCAUCUCUUCUGCUGGCCCUGCUUGCACCAGUGGCUCUUGACGCGACCCAACCGCAAGCUGUGCCCCGUCUGCAAGGCGGCUGUGGACAAGGACAAGGUCAUACCGCUCUACGGAAGGAAUAGCACACACCAGGAAGAUCCUCGAAACAAAGUUCCACCGCGCCCCGCUGGCCACCGUACAGAACCAGAUCCCGCUCCCGGAUUCCCAGGCUUUGGUUUCGGCGACGGUUUUCACAUGUCGUUCGGCAUUGGCGCCUUUCCCUUUGGAUUCAUCACUUCCUCACUAAAUUUCGGCGAACCUCGUCCUGCUGCUGCUAAUCGUGGCACAACGCAAUACGAGGACGAGCAGACCCUUUCCAAGCUCUUAUUGUAUCUGGCCUUUCUGUGCAUUGCAUGGCUGUUUUUCACAUAGCAAUCUGCGAGCGCAUAAGAAGCAUUGCACCGAUAACAAGAACUUGUAUUGAAUUGUGUACGGAAAGCGUCCGAAGUAAUCAUAUUGCAGUAUCCUCCAGUUAAAGCAACAAUAAUCUUAAACAUGUUGGGGUGAAAGUCGUUGGUGUAAUUAAUUCAAAUAAAUUGACUACUUUUCGGUUGAAAUUGUA